ACUAGAGAAGAAGACAAAAAUCAAGAUGGCAAAAUGGAUCAGUUGCAUUUUAAAUUGGAACUUCCGCUACAACCUACGGAGCAUGUAGUUGGUGUUCAACUGAUUCUACUCUUUUCCUACCACCUUUAUAGAAUGUCAACACUUGUGAUGCAGAGCAUGGCUUUUCUUCAGUUUUUUUCUCCUGUGCCAGGGUCUCAGCUCUAUAUGAAUGGAGACCUGAGACUGAACCAGAGGCAAUUACUUAACCAUUGUGGAGUGGAUACCAGAUACAAUGUGUCUGUGGUCAAUGGCACAAGUCCUUUUGCGAGUGACUAUGAUCUAACAAACAUCAUUGCAGCAUAUUGGGAUAGAAAUGUGACAACAGUCUUUUCGGAUCCCAACCCGGUUUGGAUGCCUGGAAGAGCAACAGAUACACCAUUUACCAUUAAUGCCACUAUUCGUUACCCAGUGGAAGUUAUCAAAUAUCAGCCAGGAUUUUGGGAAAUGAUUAAAUUUGCCUGGAUCCAGUAUGUCAGCAUUCUCCUUAUCUUUCUUUGGGUGUUUGGUAGGAUUAAAAUGUUUGUGUUCCAGAAUCAGGUGUUGACUACAACUCCAAUAUCCCCAGUUGUGCCGGUGCCUCCG